CUUCAAUGGUUGUCAUAACAGUGAUGAGGUAAAAUAUUAAAAAAGAGAGAAAAAAGACCCCUGGGUUAGCAGGUGCUUGGUGCAUAGAAACGGAAAAUGAGAGCUAGAAUAAGGCAACCGUUUAACAGAUCUUUUUAAUUUUUCAGAUCCUGUAAACACCUGUAUACUGCUAUAAUUCAGAAUGAAACCAAAUAAAGAUUUGUCAGAGUUAGCAGAUGAAAUAACCAGCUGUUCGAAAAAUGCCAGCAAAUACUUGCAGGAACAGAACUUUGAACUAGCAAAACGAGACUUUGAAGAAGCAUUUGAAAUAUCAAAACAGAUAAGAGAUCCUUUCACUCAAAGAAAAUGUGCUUUUAAUUUAGGUGCUGUCUAUAUUCGUUUGGGAAAAGCUACAAAAGGAAUCGAAUAUCUUGAGCUGGCCAUUUCACCAUCCUCCAAUCAUAAAGAUGGAAAUGCUGAUCUAUAUUUCAACAUGGGUCUUGGUUAUGAAAUGUUACACGAGUUUAUGACUGCUGUGGACUACUUUAAAAAAGCUUUAAAAGAAUAUAAAGAGAGUGAUGCAAAUACAAAUGAUGUCAUGAUAAUUGAAACAUUAGAAAAGUUGGCCAGAAAUUCUCGGUAUUUGAAAUUGCAUUUAGAAGCAGCAGAUUGGUAUGAAGAACUUGGUGCGUUGUAUCAAACUCGUGGAAAUGAAGAAAAAAGACUUGUUUCUAUUGGUGAACAAAUUGUACAAUUGCGGAAGGCUAACGAGAGAGACAAAUGUCUAAAUCUGGUUUUACCGAUCACAAACCAACUAGAACAAAUUGUCAUCACACCUUUAACUGCUAAUAUGUUAAAUGAUGUUGGAUUGGUUUUAUCACAGUAUGAGAUGUUUGAUAAAGCUGAGAAUUGUUAUAAACGAGCUUUAACUAUGGUGUAUGCCUUACCAACCUGUGCUAAACUUGAAGCUAUCCUUCUACAGAAUCUGGGAGCUUUAGCCAAUUUAACAAAUUCUUACAGUAAAUCUAUAGAGUACCAUUCUAAAGCUGCUGUCAAAUUUGAGCAAUUAAAGAACCCCGUAAAUGAAGGCCAUUGUUUUGCUAAUUUAGGCUAUGCAUACAAUCAAGUUGGUGAUGUUGAUAAAGCAAUGGAAAAUUUCUUUUUGGCUUUAAGGAAAGCAAAGGACACAGGUGAUGCCCAUUCUGAAUGGCAGGUUUUAGAAAGUCUAGGAGCUUUAAGUUGUAAUCUUGGUAACUUAGAUCUAGCUAUCAAAUAUUAUACUGAUGCUUUUAAAUCUAUAACAAAAGACACUGGUAUCACGACAUCCUCAUCUGAGGACAGAAUUCAAUCUAAACUCUUUCAUUUGAUGAAAAAACAGGCUGAAAAACAACAACAGAUUAACAACCAACAACAACAACUGGCUUUAAAACAACAAGAGCAACAGCAGCAACAACAAUUUAAAAUCCAACAACAAGAAAUAAUCACCAAACAACAGCAAAUUAUUACAAAACAAUCGCCACAAAAUAAUCAACUACAGGUUUUGAAGACACAAUCAUUUGUGUUAGAAAACAACCAACUGAGAAGUGUAGAUAUUAAACCUAAUAAUGACACUAUUACAAAUAAGUUAAAUCAAUCAGUACCAGUAGCCCUUCGACCAACAGAUUCAGCUCCAGUUCAGCAAACUAGGCAACAGUUAAUAGCUUUAAGGCGUUUAAGGGUGAGAAGAUCAGGAUCAAAGCGAGAGUUUGAUAAAAUAGCACGAGGUGUUUAUGUAAGUGGUAUUGAGGAUGUGUUAGACACCAAAGAAAUUGAUAAGAUCAGUACACAUAGUAGUCAGACAUACAGCGGUACUGAUGUAGACAGUACUGAUUCUUCUGUCAGUAGUAGUAGCCUCCGAUCAUCACAAGAUAGAAGGAAAAAGAACAAUUUUAUCCAGUCAGUUAUUGGAAAAGCUGAACAAAAAUAUAAAGACUGGAAAAUGGAACAUUCUGAAAAAGAAAAAAGAAAAAACGUUAAUGUUGGUAAAAGAUCGUCAGACAAAUUAAGAGAAUCCAUUUUAUUGAUUGAUGAAGAUAAAGAACAAGUACAGUUAGCUAUGCAACAAAUCCUUAAAAAAUCUGGAAAUAAGGAAAACGAAGAGGAUUCAUCAUCUGAAAGUGAAAGUGACAGUGAAAGUGGUAGUGAAAGUUUAUCAGAAACUGAUGAGGAUAGUUCGGAUACAGAACACCACCAGAAAAAAAAUGGUCCACCAACAUUACCUACCCAGUCACCACCACAAACAUUAAAAGAUUACGAAACUCCUGUACCACUUUAUGCUGAAAUAGAGUUAGGCACAGGCUCAAAGGUGGAUCAAGGUAGGAAUAACGAAAAACCAAAAGAGCCCCAUUAUGCAGAGAUAGAAUUUGAUACAGGACCUAAAAUAAAUGAACUUGAAAAAAACAAAACAACCGAGGAAUCUCCUUAUGCUGAAAUAAACUUUGGUACAAGGUCAGCGGUUGUAAGUGCAGAACCAGGUGAACGGAAAAAGUCCAUGGAUUUUGGACCAAAUUAUUUUGCUGAUGAAUAUAUCAUUCAAGAUGCUUUUCACAGUAAUAAAGUUUUAAAGUCAACAAGUUUAAGUGACACAGUUUUUGAGACGAUUGAAACCCCAUCAGAAACUUUGAAGAGAAGUGAAGUACAACAAGCCAGUACUAGCAGUAUACCAGCAUCUGAUCAUACUCAAAUGUCAAGAGCUGAACGAUCAUUAGGCCAAGCAGAUGAAAGAUUUCUGUUUGAGCAGUACCAGAAACAACAACAGACUGAAGUACAUCUACCAGAGAAAAAAGAAAGUGAGAAAACAUCCAAGAUAUGUGCUGUGAUGUGAUUUAAAAAUAUCCAUGUAUUCAAUGAAAUUGUCCAAUCAAAACUUUUCACUGUGAUAACCACAAUCUUAUAUUCUUUUGUUAUUUAUUGAUACAUUAUUUUGUAUCUGUUAUAUUUUUGCUAGUUUAUUUUUGUUAGUUUAUGUAUGUCCUUUUCAUGUAAUCCGGGAUUUAUUAAUACUGAUUUCUUAAAGGGGCAUUUUUGGAGAAUAGAUAAAGAGUUGACAGUUCUUGCUAUAAUAGUUUUAAAAAAAUAGAUAACGUAAAUAGAAUAUGCUGAAAAUUUCAGUCAAAUUGCUUCACUCUGAACCGAGAUAUUAGCUUUUGAAUUUUAGGCUAGUCUCGAUCAUCAUUAAUGAAGUCGAUACGAUAGAAAACAAAGUCUCAAUUAUCCAUUUUUAGGUUUAAUUAUUUUUUUAAAAAUGUAUUCUAAUCCGCUACAUAUCGCAGGCUAGUGAUGGUAUCGAGAGUUGGUUAUGGUUUGGAUAAGUUAAUUAAUAUCUAAUUAAUAAUUUAGAUAACAUUUCAGGCCUAAAGAAAAGACCUGCAAUAGGCAGAUUUAACUCUUGCCUUAUGUAUGUUUAAUACUGAUAGUUUUAAUAAAUCCUUAAUGCAUGUAUUAUAAUAUAUUAAGUUUAAAAAGGUAUGUCUCAUAUUGUUUAAUCCAUCCCAGUUUUAGAAAUAAAUAUACAAAUGCAUACCUUGAAUAACCGUAGUCUAAUUGAUAUGGAUAGAUUGGAAUAGAGGGAUUGCAUGGUUUACUGGAGUAUUUUGACUAGGCUGCUUUAUCGUGUGUCUAGGGUAGCUAUUAAAAUGGAAAUAACCUCUAUAGAGCUUGGAAAUAAAUUGGGAUUUGGAGGAAAAAUAUCCUCACAAAUGUUCAUUUGAAUACUGUAAUUGCUAAAUCAGCUAAUUCAUACAGAUUCUCAAACAUUUGAAUUUCAAGGGUCACAAAAUAUUUCAGAAUCCUGGAGGAUAUAAUUAUUUCAUUGCACAGUUUAGAUUACCAAUUAAGAAUAUUUUAAUUAUACAUUUGCAUUUAUAAGAUAAUUUAUCUCUUUAUUUUGUCACAAUGUUUUAUAAGAUAUUGUAAAAAUAAUAUUAUUCUAUUUAGAUUAAUUAUAUUUUCUUCUUCAUUAGCAUCUACAUAUUUUUCAUAUAUACCAGUACAUAUUUUUGAUAAGAAAAAGUAAAUGAUAUACAAUAGAUGAGAUACAGGUGUCUGGAUUUUAAAUUGGCAUCCAUUUUGUUAAAUGCUGUCUCCUUUGCAUUUUGCACUUCUGUUAUGCGCAUUAGGCUUAAUAGUUUUUUGGGGGUUUUAAUUUUAAGAAAAAUAAGAUGUUCAUAUCGUAUUACAAAGUAUAUUAUAGAUUAGAAACUCAUGUGACCCAUGCUGGAAAAUUCAGUCACAAUGAGGAAAUUUUAAAAAUUGGGUUAUUGUUAUUGGGCAAUUAAGUUUAUUUUCUUGAUUAUCGAAGAAGCCGCCACAGCUAUACCUGUGUUCUGUUAUCUCCGUCACAUGACUCAAUUAAAAUAAGUUUUGUGUUUACAAUAGGUCUACUGUUAUUUUCAGGUACCAUAAUGGUAUCAGAAUCUGAAAUCCAGAUAGAAUACCGCGGAGGGUGUCUGGGCCGAGAAUAUUUUCGUAUUGUAUGGGUUUUAAAACUUGUUUCUAUUCGUUAAAAUUGAGAUUAUCGGUAAUAUUUUGAGAUUCACGGCUUCACAACGAUGCCAAGUAUUAUGCAAGGAGAUUGGCCGUAUGUCAAAAAAAACCUAAUUUCGCUGAGAAUUUUAAGACAAAAGAAAGAUUUAACAAUACGUUAGUCUUACAAAAUGUCCAAAUAAAGGUGUUUUAGGAUGUUUUAUUGCUAUUUUAAUCUUUUGGGUCGAUAGAUAAUAUAUUUAUAGACUCAUUUUUGUGAAAAUCUCAAUUUUGAUCAAAAUUAAUAUUUUCACUUGUUUUGUCUGUAGCUUAUAUUAGACUUUGCGCAUUCUGACUCAUUUUGCCAGCACGGGUCACAUAUAUUUACGAAAAGUUAUUGAUUAUUGUUAAGUUUCUUCAUUAUAGAUUUUAUAACUUGAUUCUUUUUGUAUGCUGAACCACAUUAUACUUUAUAUUUACAUAGCUUUUUUAGAAUAAAAUUUUAACUC